GCCCUCGCCUCAACACCGGUGGCAAAUUGAUUCAGUUGCUUUAUCAUCCAUACCAAGCCACAGCUACUCAGGCGGCUUUGGCCCAGCGACCUACACGCACCUGACCUUUCGUUCCUUGCGUUAUUCUCCCACAAAUGCAAGCCUAAUGCAUUUGCAGUGCUCAGACACGUAGACGGAUAGAGUCGCUAUAGCUCAGGUCGCCGCCGUGAGGAGGCCCGAGAUGCUCGCCCUGCGCGUCGUCGCGGGCUCUCCCGCUGGUGCGCACAGGCACAGCGUACAUGGCUGUAGCCAUUCGUUAUCAGCCCGUCUCCAGGCACCGCCACCGGCGUGCGCGUUUAGAAGACUGUUCGUUUAUGGCAUGCAUCGGACCGCUGCCGACACCGGCCCCAGCUCACCGCGCGCUGCCGCCGCUACUUCUGUCCCAGCACUCAACAGUAGCAGCUCAUCCCCACUGCGCGUCUCGACGGCGGUAGUGCUCUGCGGCAGCAGUAGCUCCCGCCUCGGGCGGCCAAUAGUGCAGGCGGCGGCGGGUAGGGGAAGCGGCGGAGGCAGGGCAGGCGAUGGCAGCCGCGCCAGCGGCAGAAGCAGGGGCAGCGGGCGUGACCCCGCGGAUGACAUGACCGUGUGUCGGACUCUGGAGGACCUGCAAGCUAUCAUCAGCCAGCGGCUAUCAGUGUGGGAGGGCCGAAAAGACUUCAUUACCAUGUGUGCGGCGUUCAACCUGUGCGGCAAGCUGGAGUCGCGCGCUGGAGCAAGCCAAACGGCUGUAGCACGCAGCAGCAUUAUCGGCAUGCUUGCGCCGGCCUACCUGCCGCUCGUGCCGCGCAUCCGCAAGGCGGUUGAUUGCAGCAUCGUGCUGUGGGCGCUGGGGAAAGCAGGGAUCAGCGGCGGCUCGGCCAUGGAGGCUCAGCUCAUAGCAGCGCUGCUGGAGCGGCUGUUGGAUUCAGAGGUUCUUGGAACUGCAAAACCUCAAAGUCUUACAAACGUCAUGUACGCACUCGGCAAGAUCAAGCAAGACCAGGAGCAGCGGGGCUCAGGCUGGGACCCCACCUCAUCUCCGCACUUGCAGACCUUGGCGGCAGCUGUGGCCUCCCGGUUGGGAGUGGCGGUUGGUCACGGCUUCACAGCACAGGACGUGUCCAACAUUCUCUGGGCGUGCGCCAAGCUGGGUUACCCGGAACCGGAACUCCUGCUGCCGCUGGCAGAGGCGGCAGCGGCGCUCAGUCUCAGCAUGGAGACGCAACAUCUGUCCAAUACCCUCUGGGCGUUUGCGGCUUUGGGUUGCAUGGGACCAGAGUACCGAUCAGCAGUUGAGGCGCUGUGCGGGGAGGCGCUGCGGCAGCUCCGAGCACCGAAGGAUGCUGAAGCGUUCAAGCCGCAGCAUCUGUCCAACAUCCUGCUGGCGCUGGAGGGGCUGCAGCUGGGCGGCGAGCAGGCAGAGCUGGUGGUGGCAGUGGCCGCAGAGGACGUGCGUCGGGGAUUUGCCGGGUACGUGGCUCAGGACCUCAGCAACUCAGCGUGGGCCCUGGCCAAGAUCGGAUUUGGGGUGGGCCCGGAGGCGCCGGCAGAGCAGCGGCAGUGGGCUUCGGCAGCGGUGGUCGCAGCAAUGCGGCCGGGCGUCAUGGCCCGUGCGACGCCUCAGGCCUGGGCCAACCUGCUGUACGCGCUUGCGUUGAUGCGCCACCAGCCGCCGCCGGAGCUGCUGGAUGCGGGUGCAGCAGCAGCAGCCAUGCGCGCCAGUAGUGCCGGUGGUCAGAACUGUGCAAACACGCUCUGGGCGCUGGCGGUGCUGCAGCUGCGGCACGCUGGCUUGGAGGCGGCGGUGUGCGGCCGGCUGGGCGAGCUGCUGCAGCGCGACAGGCAGGCGGUAAACAACCAAAACAUAUCAAACAGCCUGUGGGCCAUGGCGGUGAUUGGAGGCACGUAUUCUCCCGACAUGCAGCAGCUAUCCAUUCAGCUAGCCCGUGAAGCAGUAAGCCGUUGGGAGGGUUUUACAACUGAGAAUCUCAAUCAGCUGUGGCAGGCGCAGCAAGAGCUAGGCGGCGAGGUUGCGGCGGCCCUGGGGAGCAGCCCCGGCCUGCAGGCGGCGAUGGCAGCGGCGGUGACUGCUGAGAGGGAAAACGCCAAGCCCACAUCUGACAUCCAAAAGCAGGUCGUCGCAGCGCUGCGGCGGCUUGAGCAGCACCAGGGGCGUGAGGCAGCAGGAGGCCUUGCCGUCGUGUCCGUACAAACGGGCGUGGUCGCGCAAGGCGCGUUGGCGCCAGUGGAUGCGGUGGUGCGGCUGAGUGACGGGCAGCAGGCGGCGGUGGAGCUCCUCGGACCGGCACGCUUUCUGUCCAAUCUAAAGCGCGACCCCACCGCUGUUGACGGUGGUACGGCCAUGCGCAUUCGGCAGCUGCGGCGGGCGUUCGGGGAGGGCGGCGGCGUUCUUGUGCUGCCGUACUGGGAGUGGGCGGGCCUGAAGAGCCCGGAGGAGCAGGAGGCCUACCUGCUGCGCCGGCUGCAGCAGCCGGCGGUGGCGGUGGAAACAGUGGCAGUGGGUGCCGUGGGCGGCGCUGCGGCUGUCAUUACGGCCGCGCCGCAGCAGCCCGCAACCACCACCACUACCAGCAAGGGCGGCGGCGGCUCUGGCGGCAACCCACAACAGCAGCUGCUGGUGCGGCCGGCACGGCGGCCAGAGGGAGGCGGCGGCGGCGGCGGGUCGGGUCGAGGAGGACGGUAGUAGGUCGGCGUAGCUAGGCAGGUGUGCGUGCACGGUAGGCAGACAUGCAAACCAUGCAGACCUGGAUAAUGCUGGCGUGUGCAUCAGGAGUGGGCUGGAGCCCAAGUGGAUGCUAGUGGAUGGGGAUCUCUAGCUACGGAAGAUGGGAGGCCUCGAGAGGCACGAGCGAGGUGCCGGCGUGUAUGUCGGCGCGGUGGGCGAGGUUGGCAAUGGGGAAGGUGGGGAGGGGAGGGUGGGGGGUUGUAAAUAUCAGCCCAAACUAAACAGGGGGACAGGCAGGUGCCGGUCCUGUGCUGGUGGUGGUUGGUAGCGUGCGGCAAGAGGAGUGUGGUGGCUUGGCGGGGAUAUAUGCUGCGGCUUGAUGGGGACCUGGCUUUAUUCUUACAUGGCACGCAGCAUGGGGGUGGGGCAAUGGGCGGCGGUGCCAAGGCGGCAGGGCUGCGGUGCCAAGGGGGCAGGGCCGGGCAUGUCAGCCGCAGGGGCUCACGAACGGCGUGUGCGAGGUCGGCUCGGUGGGCGAUUGAGUGACGCAUGCCUGGAUGAGGCAUGUCAGGUGCUUGUGUUGCGUUGUGUUCUCGGCCCUGGGGCGUGUACAGCAGUGUGCGUUGCGCGGCGGCGGGUCUCAGUUGUUUUGUUGUUGUGAUUGUUGGGUGUGAUGUGUUGGUUGUGUGGCAGCAAUCGUGUACGUAUCAGCGGCGGCGGCGGCAGGCAAGCACCUUGUGAUGCUUCAAUGGUUGGGGCAGUGCACUCAUCAUGUAGCGAUGAUACCGCACGGUUGGUACCGUGAAGCCUGCGCGCUGAGGAGGACGUCUCAAGCGUGGGCGGAUAAAAGUGUGUAGACAGGGAUGUCAGACAAAUCAGCAAAGGUGGCCAGGUGAAGCAGGCGGGGACCCAAUGUGCGAUAUUGCACUGCUAUGCUCAUGUUCAAGAGGCUGGCCGUCUGCCCCGCCGUUUCUGCCCCUCUCGUGUCGGGCGGGAUGUUGGAUUUGUAAGCGACAUGCGUUGCACCUCAGUCGUGGUCGACGGGUGUCAAAUGACGCGGGCAGGGACUCACGCCAGAGCCUGUAUGCAGAAUGGUUGGGGAGGAGGACAUGGGAAUAGCAGCCGCGAUAGGCUUGGGGGAGGGCUUCGCGGUUCAGUGCACGUGUUUGGAGGUCGCGAGGGGUGUUGAUACGGGGCGUGCCCUCGGGCCGUGUAUUUCGCGGUCAGGUCGC